CUAUCAAACGGACCUUAAAAAGAGAUCGGAUCGCAUGCCCUGAAAACCAAAAACGACGAAGAAGAAAACGAGAUGGCCGCCGAAGGCGAGAGGGGAGAAUCGAUCGAGCCCAAAAACGACGAAGAAGAAAACGAGAUGGCCGAUGAAGGCGAGAGAGAAGAAUCGAUCGAGCCCUGCGAAGAAUCGUCGCCAAACCCUAACCCUAGAUCGGUGGAGACCAAGGUCCCGGAGGUGGAGGUCCACCUCUUCCGGCAAGGGCGAGGGCCGAUCGACGUCUUCCGAUCGAAGCUGGGUGGUUGGGAUCAGGACCGCCUCGAAAUUCAGGACAUCCUCGACAAAUAUGGAUUCAAAUCCCUCUUCGCGUUCCAUCCCUCCUCCGGGCGGAGCGCACCUAUCCGCUUCAGCGCUCGGAACGGCCGCUCCCUUCUCUCCUACUCCGACGGAUCCGUCGUCCUCAUUGACGGAGAGCCCAAGGAUUCAUUGGUAAAACCUAUUACAAAGAUUCUGAUCGGGACGGCAGUGUUGACUCUUCUCAUAGCCGUGUUCUUGAAAGAAACUCCAGAAUGGUUUCAGACAUUGACAUCGAGAUUCUCUGGUGGAACUUUUCCACCAUGGAUCCUUGCGUGCAUGGUUAUAGUUUUCACUCGGCUGAGGAAGAGAACUAAGAAUGUAUUGAAGAAGUUCGGAUGGUGAUUAUAUGAUCCAAGGUCCUUGUUUUGCAGAAGUUUACAGAACUCCCUUCUUCUGUUUAAUUCCUGGUUGAUUACAUUGUGUUCUCGAGUGUACUUGGUUUGGAGGGCCUUAGGAUACCACUUGUCAGAGUUUGCUUUAGAUUUGGUUUGUGUCGUGUAAAAAAAUGACCAAUGAAAACCCAUUGCUAGAAAAAGUGUUGGAAAAAUUUGGUCUUUUAGGAUGUUUCUGCAUUCAGGUUUGAUGGUCCUAUAUGCCAGUAUCUUCGCAAUGUUUUUUAGUUAUUUCACAGUUUAUGUCCGCUGCUAUUUUUUCUUCUUCAUAUCUGUUGAUCAAAUCACUAGAGACAACAUGGAAAAGCACAUGGUUGCUCCAAUGGUCAUGCGACAACAAAUUUUUACAGUUUAUGGAAUGAUUACUGAAUUAUA